AUGCCGUACAGCACGGCCGAGGCCGACGCGCCGAACGAGAGCACCGCGUCCUUCUGCGACCCCGACCGGCCUGACCUCUUCUACCACCUCUUUGAGGCGCCGACACCGAUUUCCGCCUCCGUCCCCGUCUUCGCGCUCUCCUUCCUCCCAGACCCCCCGCACGACGUCCAGUCUGACACCGUCAUCGGCUGGCUCCCCGCCGGCACCCCCGCAGACACAGACGCGGCGGACGGCGCGGGGCUGAACGACUUUCAGGAGAACGACAAGUUCCACGCCCUCCUGCAGGAAGCCGUCCGCUCCGCGCUCGCCGACGGCACGGACUACGUCCAGAUCAACUCGGCGCUGCAGACGCAGCAGGGCUGGAUGCACAUACAUGACAACCGGAACAUUCCCGCGCUCGGGCGCAUUGGCGACCCCGACGACAUCCUCGGCUCCGUGCGUGUCGAGGACGGGCAGAUCCUGCCAGAGACAUACCAGCCGAUGCCCUCGUACCGUCUCUGCACGUCCGACGGUAUCGUCCAGCUCACAGAGGGCAUCGCACAGCGCCUGCGUGAGCUCCUUGAGGCGCGUGCGGCGGAAGGGCGGUGA